GGUGGGACAAAUUGUGCAUGUAUUUCUGACUUCACCAGAAAUGGCCUCCUCUGCAACUUAAAUUUCAGCAAGUUAGAUGGUUUCAAUUUAAAAAAAAAAGAAAAGCAUGUCAAAGUCCAAGUCUGCUUUAUUGUCAACAUCUUCACAUGCCGAGACACACAAAGAGAACAAUCAUGCAAUUGUGACGGAUAAUGUCAGCUCACCUUCAAUUUCCAUUUCCCCAGGCUUUAUAAUUGAAAAUAUACUGUAUUUUGAAAAAUGUGACCUUGGACAGACAAUACAUUUUUGUAAACCACAUCCCCCUUACGCACAGGAAACUCUGUGUGGGCCAAAAGCCUCUGAGGGGACAGACAAAGGCAGAGACACAUAAAGAGAACAUUGCUAGACCAUAGCAACAGAAAUUCGUGAUACCUGAACAAAAACAAGUUUCGGAACAAAGUACCAAAAUAGACUCAAACAUCGAAAAUGAAUUACAGCAUGAAGAAAGGAGGGGACGACUGAUGAUUUGUUUCCUCUUUUUGUGAUGUAACAUACGGCUUCAAGACAGAGGCUGUCUUCGGUGCAACACGACUAUUUUAGGCUGGCGGACUGACGCAUACUGCAAGCAUUAAAGCUAUUAUAUGUGCGACCUGAUGGCUACAAGUAUGAGCUCAUCCUGACCAUGGCAUCCAUGGACACCCCCAUCAGUGGACAAUGACCUCAUACCUGAUACAAGCUCAGAACUGAUCCGCAGUGCAAACGUCUGGUAUAAAAAAAAAAAAAAUAAUAAUAAUAAUGAAUGGCAGUUGCCAAAACUCAGGGGAGUUGCGGAUGUAUCAGCACCAUCUUUAUGCAGUGGUGUAUAGUGUCAUCCUUGUGCCGGGGUUGCUCGGGAACAUCCUGGCAUUAUGGGUGUUCAGGCUCUACAUCCGAGAAACUAAAAAGGCGGUGGUGUUCAUGAUGAAUCUGGCUGUGGCUGACCUGAUGCAGGUUUUUUCCCUGCCUCUGAGGAUCUACUAUUACCUAAACAACAACUGGCCAUUUGGUCAUACGCUCUGUAUGAUCUGUUUCUAUCUGAAGUACGUCAACAUGUACGCUUCCAUCUACUUUCUGAUGUGUGUGAGCGUGCGCCGCUGUGAACUCAUUAUGCGGCCGCUAAGGUACAACACCUCCAAGCAAAAGGUGGACCUGGUCGUAUGCAUCCUGGGGUGGCUCUUGGUUUGCCUGUGCUGUCUGCCCUUCCUUCUGCUGAGAAACCCUGAUGAUGGCCUUGUGACCUCAGGCACGGUGUGUUUCUCAGAGCUGCCCAUGCAUAUGGUCAGCACCUCAGCAGCCUGGGUUAUCUUGAUCAUGGCCGAACUUCUCGGUUUCAUCAUCCCUUUCACCGUGGUCCUCGCCUGCACCUGCCUGACUGCAGGGAGCCUUCGGAUGAGGACUACCGAGACCAUUCCUGACCGGGGUGAGAAGCGGAGAGCUUUGAGGAUGGUGCUAAGCUGCACCAUUGUCUUCUUAGUGUGCUUUGCGCCUUAUCACAUCACUAUGCCUUUGGACUUCUUGGCAAAGGCCAACUCAUUGAGCAGUUGCACCCUGAAGAACCUGAUCCUGAUAUGUCACCCUGUCACACUUUGCUUGGCUAGCCUAAACUGCAGCCUGGAUCCCAUCAUGUAUUACUUCACAACAAAGGAAUUCUGGAGGCGACUGAGCAAGCCAGAUAUACUAGAGCGAGGGAUUUUAAGCAGGUGAAUGUCCCAAGUGGAGGACUUGGUGUUAAUGACUUUUUUCGAAGGACCAGUAACUGAAACCACUACCGUUUUUUUCCGUGUAUAGUGCGCCCCCAUGUAUAAUACGCACCCUAACAAUGGCAUGCUGAUGCUGGAAAAAAGCCUGUACCCAUGUAUAAUAAGCACCCAAUUUUUAUGAAAAUUUUUUUUUUUCUUUUUUUUUUUUUAAGUCCCAAUGAUCGUCACACACGCAGGGAGGCAAUGGGUCCCAUUUUUAUAGUCUUUGGUAUGGUCUUAACUAGGCUGGAUGUAAUUUUUUUUGUUGGCGUUGAUUUCUCCGACUGCCCCUAAACGCACCACCGCGCUCCGUGCGCGCAUGUGAAAAGGGCGUGCGGACGUGAAAAAGGCGACUCUGUAUGGGAGAGACGAAGAGGAAUAAAAACACCCUUGGAAACCAAAACUUGCCCCUCGUCGUGACUCGGAGCCGCAACAAAUGUUUCGGAUUUGUGUAGGGUACAUUGUGACAGACAGCAAACGAGCAGGUGAUCGAGCAAGCGUCUGAUACCAGAGCAUUGCGUAUGUCGUAUGGAGCGUGUUUGAAGUGAACAGCAGAGACGAAAGGAACAAGGCAAAGUGUUGUGAAAUAAAAUAUGACCGACCUGUAAUACGCAUUUUGUUAUUUGCUGAUUGAAACUGCUAAUUAAACUGUGAAUUGAAACUAAUAGGUGGAGAACUGAACUCUCGCUCUUUAUAUAGCUGACGUGUCUUGCGCAACCGUUCUGCGCAUCUGUAAUGGCGGCCUCCGUAUGACGUCCGGUCCGCGAUGGAGAUUAAAAAACAAACAAUAUUUGACAAUAACACACCAUCAAGGAUUGCACCAUCGCAUCAAACGAUGUGUCAUCAAUUAUGAAUUUUACUAAGUGUGUUGGGCAGGAUGGCUGAAUGCGAUGCGCGAUUGACAACAAACAAGAAGAAAGGUGAUUUCAAGUUUGAUUUCGAGGGAGAUUUGUCAUGUCUCGUCCCCAGUUUUGCUAUGUGUCUAGGUUGCCAUAGUUUCUGUUCGCAUCGCCCCUCUCUUCCUGUGUCACCUCAAUCGAUGUAACGUGUUUUGUAUUUAAGUCCUGUCUGCCCCUCGCUCACCGUCGGAUCAUUGCAUGUGUUACUGUCAUGAUGUCUGUUUGCUUUCUGUUCCUGUCUUUGGUAAUGUCACCCUGUCUUUUUGUUCCACGACUUUGUCGGUCAGUCCUGUUGUUGGUUUUGUUGUACCAUGACUUUCUUUUAAAAAAAAAAAAAAAUAAUUAAAACAAACAAAAAAAUUAAAACAUUUUUGUACCCAUGUAUAAUGCGCACCCCGGAUUUUAGGACAAUAAAUUAGUUAAGGUUUGCGCACUAUACACGGAAAAAAACGGUAAUCCUCAUGUUUGCACUUUGAGAUGAAAAUAGAGCUGUAAAUGACAAACCAAGUGCGUAUUAUGACCCUUUUUUAUGCAUAUUUUCCAACUCCAUGCUGUAUAAGCUUGACUGCUUACUCAAUACAAGCAUAUCAAGUGAUGUGUAUUUGUUAUAUGAGGGAUGGUGAGGCCUCAACAGAUCAAUACCUGAUAUCAGUGUGCAUAAUUAUUAGGCGAAAAAAACAUUUAAGUGACUGAAAAGUCUGUAAAAGGUUUUUCAGAGGUAUGCAGUAUUCUUGAAAUUGCAAAGAUAUUGGAGUGUGACCAUAGAACCAUCAAAUGUUUCAUUGCAAAUAGUCAACCAUGUUACAAGAAACGUGUUAAGGAAAAAAAUGAUGCAAAUUAACUGCCAAAGAGUUAAUAAGACUGAAAUGUGAAGCUAUCCAGGAACCCAUUAUUCUUCAGUGCUACCAUAUUCCUGAAAUUCACGAUACCUGGAGUGCUCAGAGGAACCAAGCGUUUAGUGCUCAGAGACAGGGCCAAGGUACGGAAGGCUGUCCACCACUGAACAAGACACACAUGUUGAAAUGUAAAGACUGGCUCAGGAAAUAUCAGAAGACAGACUUUUCAAAGAUCUUACAAUGAGACGAGAGUGACUCUUAAUGGACCAGCUGAACACAUGGCUGGAUCAGUAACGGCCACAGAGCUCCACAAAAUGUGGACUUGAAAUGAACAUAAAAUAAACAAAAAAGAAUUCAAAAUAACCAACUGCCAGUUUUUAGAAGACACUUUCUUCAAGCAGUGGUACAGUAAAAAAUGUGCAUGUUUCAAGAAGAUUUUUAUGCAAGAAAAUAACAGUUUGUUGAUUGUUGCGGCACAAAACGUUAAUCGUCAACAGAUCAAGAAGCUGACAGACUCCAUGGAUGGAAGUCUUAAAUCUGUUAUUAAAAAUAGUGGCUAGACCGGUCACUGUUUUAUUAAUUUUUUUAAAUGUUAAUUUGUAAAUUUUGAGUUGUUUAUUAUUCUCACUUUAAUAAAUGAAAAUAAGCAAGUGAGUUGGGAAUCUUUUUAUUUUUACUUUAGUUGCGUAAUAAUUCCGCACAUUAAUAGUUGCCUAAUAAUUGGCACAUUGACAUUUUACCAAGAAAGCCAGAAUCUCAUUUUUCCUGUAUGCAUAAUACAUCUUAAAGUUAAUUAACAUUUUGGUUGACCGAGCAGUAGUUGUAGUUGUUCAAAAACAAAAUUAAUCCUCAAAAGAACAAUUCGCCCAAUAAUUCUGCACACAGUGUAUAACUAAUGAUUGUUAAGAGGGCAAUGAAAUGGUUAGUCACUUUCCAAAACGCUUCUUUUAUUUGGAAAAUGAUGACGAGAAAACACAUGAAACGAAAGUUAAAUUCAGCUUUAAUCACCAAACAAAGUGAGAUCUGUUAAAUGGCUGUACACGUGGCUCAAUAAUCAUAUAUUGUUUGGGGGGGAAAGAAAAAAUACCAAAUUCCAAAUACCCUUCACGUUUGAGUGUCUUUCUGGACAGACAUCAUGUAAGAUUGCCAUUAGUAGUCGGGACCACUAGGGCGCUUAUUUUUAAGCACAUUUAUAUUUUCAAGAAAUUCAAAAUAAAU